AUGGUGCGCGAGGUGCGCAUGCGGUUGCAUACGUUGCUUGCCAACGCAAACUGCCACGCCGAGGACACCAUGGCGCGCAACGACGCGCGCGUGCGCGCCGCCGUGCAGUCCAAGGCGUGGCUCGCCGUCGAGGGCGCCGCCCCCCCCGCCCCCCCAGCCCGCAAGCCAUCGAGCGAAGGGGCGUAUGCGUCGUACAACGGGGAGAGGGGGAGGGGCGGCGCUGCCGACGUUGCACGCCCAAAGUCGGGCCUUCGCUGCCUCGCCUCGUGCGACGGGGCGAGGGCCAGCAGCACAGGACUCGUUUCACCACUUGGGCCAUUGUAG